AUGUCUCUUCACUCCGAGAACGUGAGCCUCGAGACUGUCCGCCGUGGCGAGGUAGAAAGCCAAGAUGGAGCCUCGAGCUUCCCGCUGUCAUACGGCGUCUUCCAAGACUACUAUUCGAAGCAUCCUGUCACCAAACAUGACUCGAAUAUUGCCGUCGUCGGAACCGCUGCCACCAGUGUCUACUAUCUCGGUGGACCACUCGCAACGCCCUUUGCAGCACGUUUUCAGGCAUGGCAGCGACACAUGAUCAUCAUCGGCUGGUUGGGAUGCGCCCUGUCGCUCCUGAUCGCCUCAUUUGCGACUUCAGUGCCUGGCCUCAUCGCAACCCAGGGGUUUCUCUACGGAUUUGCAUUCCUCUUCGUCAACUACCCACUUCUCCGAAUGCUUAAUGAAUGGUUCAUGGGGCACAGAGGUCUCGCGUACGGAAUCAUGUCGACCGGUGCUGGUUGUAGCGGAGUCGGCUUGCCAUUUCUUCUCGAGUCACUCCUUGCAAAAUACGGAUAUCAGACAACGUUACGGGCCAUGGCUGUGGCACAAUUCAUCACCUUACUUCCCAUGAUCCCCUUAAUCAAAGGACGGCUUCCAGUCUCGAGACGGGGUGUGCUGAAGAAAGACGAACUCAAUUUCUUCAAAAGGCCGCUGUUCUACUGCUUUGCCUUGACCAACCUCCUAGAAGCUCUCGGAUACUACAUCCCUGCUCUCUACCUACCAACAUACGCAACAUCGUUGGGUCUCUCGGGAACGAUGGGUGCGCUGAUUCUAGCCGCGAACAAUCUCGCCACGAUCUUUGGCCAGCUCGCCCUUGGCUACAUCACAGACCGCGUCAACAACGUGCUCAUCCUCGUCUUUAGUUCCUCAUUCAUCGCCGCAGUUGCGACGUUUGCUAUCUGGGGUUAUGCCUCAUCUCUUGCACCUCUACUAUUCUUCUCGGUGGUGUUCGGGCUGGCGACGGGCGGGUUUCCUUGUCUGUGGAACAAGUUCGGAUCGGCCCUCUCGGAGGAUCCGGAGCACGUGUACAGCUUCAUGGCCUUUGGUAAAGGUGUCGGCAAUAUCUUGACGGCCCCGAUCUCUGCACCGCUGGCAAUGGGUCCUCUGACACGUAGUUACAGUCUUGGGCGGUUUGCGCCGUUGAUCUUGUACACUGGAUCGAUGAUGUUGGCUUCAUCAAUUGCUGUUCUUUGUUGGCCGCUGAUGCGACACGCUGGUAAAUGA